AUAUUGUAUACAAGAAUCAGUUUUCACUCAACAUCCACAAUGAAAUAUCAACUUUUAUUUUUCACAAUACUUACCACUAUCGAAUUUGUUCGAUCAGCUAAAAUACUGGGAGUUUUUCCUUACUGUUCACACAGCCAUUUUGUGCUAGGUUUUUCUAUUAUGAAGGAACUCUCUAGUAGAGGACAUUCGGUCACUUUCAUCAGCUGCUACCCUCAGAAGGUGCCAAUAGAAAAUCUGCGAGAUAUUUCUGUGAAAGAUGAUAUCAGUGGACCUUUGCAAGCAUUACAUAUCAGAAUGAAUAUAUCUACAUUCUCACAGAUGAGCUAUUGGACAAAACUAGAAGCUGGCUUGGAUUUUGGAAUGACGACAACAGAAGCUACUUUGAAGAGCAAAUAUGUUCAAGAACUAAUCAACUCCAGAGAAAAAUUUGAUUUAGUAGUACUAGAGCAUUUCGCGAAUGAAGCCCUGAUGAUUUUACCUCAUAUAUUCAACAGUCAUCUUAUUCUCGUAGCCCCAGGACCUGCUACGUUCUUUACCAACUAUUUGAUGGCCAAUCCAGCACCAUCUUCGUACGUGCCGAGCUUUCUGUCAGGAUUCAGCUCCAAAAUGGGAAUAUGGCAGCGAAUAUGCAAUGCCUACUACGAGUUGGCUGGGAAUAUCUUUAUAAGUACCAGGAUGUUACCCGAGCAGAAUGCCCUUUUGAAAAGGGUCCUUCCCGAUACUCCAGAUCUCGGAACUCUCUUAUACAAUGCCAGCAUGAUGCUUGUUUCGUCGCACAGUAUUUCUGAUCCGAUACCAUUGCAGCAGAAUAUUAAAGAUAUCGGCGGUUACCAUUUGAGCGCUCCAAGACCUCUGCCUAUGGAAAUAAAGAAGUUCAUGGACAACGCAACUGAAGGAGUCAUUGUAUUUUCCUUAGGAUCGCAUAUAAAAAGCGAUCGGUGGUUUUCUGCAGAGAGACUACGAGCUAUUCUGAAUGUUUUUUCAAAAAUCAAGCAGAAAGUCAUUUGGAAAUUUGAGAGUGACCUCGAAGAAAAGCCGGAAAAUGUGAUGCUUUUGAAAUGGUUACCACAGCAAGACGUUUUGGGUCAUCAGAAUACCGUAGCAUUCAUUACUCACGGAGGUUUACUUGGUAUCACAGAAGCAAUUUAUCAUGGAGUACCCAUUCUCGGAUUGCCAAUCGUAUGGGACCAACACAAAAAUGCUGAAGAAGCGGUUCAUACGGGAAUGGGAUUGAAAAUCGACUUUCUCGAUUUGAACGACAAAAACUUUGACAAUGCUUUAAACGAGCUUUUAAAUAAUCCUAAGUAUAGAGAGCAUGCUAGAGUGCGUUCUAAAAUAAUGAGAGAUCAACCAAUGAAACGAUUGGACGAAGCCAUCUUCUGGAUUGAAUACGUGAUACGUCACCAUGGAGCACCACACAUGAGGUCUUCUGCUAUUGAUCUCAGCUGGUAUCAACUAUAUCUGAUAGACAUUUUAUUUUUACUAAUUUUGUUAUCUUCUUUGAUAGUUUUGAUUGUAUAUACGUUUAUUAGACGAAUGCGUAUCAGGACAGGAGAAAUUGUGAAGAAUAAAACUAAAGUAGAUUGAUAUCAAAUUGAAUUGGUACACGUCUAUGUGAACAAUAGAUUGUGGUUGUCGGUAACAAA